UCUGCGGGUAACAGUUUAUCGUGAGGUGCUACUGUGCUAGGAAAACCCAUGUCCAUAUUUAUCUUGAAGCAGAUUCUGCGAAUUGUUAGAUAAUGUUCAGGGUAGGGCUACUAUGCAUCUUGGCCUGCAGCGUGGUCUCUAUACAGAGUUUCUCACUGCUGGAGGAAACAUACGUGUCGGAUUGUCUGGCCAGCAAUAACAUCAGCCAUGCUGAGUUCCAAGAACUGAUAGAUCGCAGCUCCGAAGAGGAUGAUCUCGAGAACACCGAGUGGAGAUACAAAUGUUUAAUCCACUGCCUAGCGGAGAAGGGAAGUCUGCUGGACUCCAAUGGCUAUUUGGAUGUGGAACGAAUCGAUCAACUUGAGCCCGUGAGUGAUGAACUGCGAGCGAUACUCUACGACUGCAAGAAAGUCUACGACCAGGAGGAAGACUUGUGCGAAUAUGCGUUUAGGAUGGUGAUUUGUGUUACGGAUAGCUUCGAGAGCGAUGAAGUCACCGAAGCGAUGAAAAAUACGAACAAAUUAAACGAAUAAUCGAGCGAAAACUGGUCAAGCAACUUAAACGCAAUUGUUUAAGGCCAGUGGGAAAUUCACAAUCAA